UGGCAGGCAGGCGAUAGGCUCUUCUAUCGAUCCUCGUCGCCAGCUGCCAUAACCAAGCCCCACUAUGCUCAUGGCUCUUUGCGCAGUCCAGUAGGAUACAGAGUAUACAGACCUCUACGUAAUAGCCUUCACCGUCGGUUCUGCCUACUGAUAUUAAAUGAUACGGCAAGGACCGUCUAAUUUACCGGGCCACGGUCGGCGCCUAUGAUUAGAAUUUCGAUGCGCACGACGAUUCGAUCAUUCAAAGGUAAAGUGUUUAGGUUUAGUCUUAUCAGAUCUGCGGUUUGCAGAUAGGCUUGGCUACGACGCUUUCAAGGAUACGACGACAACAGGAAACGUCCAAGGUUCAUCUGUGUCAACGAGCUGAGGACGAGAAGCCGUAAAAAUGUUCGAGAUGAGAGGGAUUCCUUUUAUUCUGCUUGACGUCGCCUGUCUAAUUCUCGCUGGACUCCCAUUUGCAAUACUCACACCACUACACAAUCCCUUCAAACGGGGAUUUUUCUGUAACGAUGAUUCAAUCAAGUACCCUCUUAAAGAAGACACCAUAUCCUAUGAGUUGUUAGGUGGAGUUAUGAUACCCGUCACAGUACUCACUAUGGUCUUUGGAGAGUGCCUUUCGGUCUAUCUCAAACGCAUCAAAUCAAAGUCCUCUUUCAGCAACAUGUAUGUGGCCUGUGUUUACAAAGCCAUCGGCACAUUCGUGUUCGGGGCAGCCAUGAGCCAAUCGCUCACUGACAUCGCCAAGUAUUCGAUUGGCCGGCUCCGACCCCACUUCCUGGACGUGUGCAAGCCCGACUGGAAGCUGAUCAACUGCACGGCCGGCACCUACAUAGAGGACUUUACCUGCACAGGGAACGCACGCAUGGCCAAUGAGGGCAGGCUGUCCUUCUACUCUGGCCACUCCUCCUUCUCCAUGUACUGCAUGCUGUUCCUGGCACUGUACAUCCAGGCCAGGCUGCAGGCAGAGUGGGCCAGACUGCUGAGACCAACCCUACAGUUCUUCCUGAUCGCGGCGUCUGUGUACACUGGACUGUCUCGUGUGUCUGACUACAAACACCACUGGAGCGACGUCUUGGUUGGCCUUAUCCAGGGAGUGCUCAUGGCCACACUGGUAGUCUUCUUCGUGUCAGACUUCUUCAAGAAGAGGGUUGAGCCUCAGAAGGAGGAUAUUCCCCACACCACCCUGCAGGAGACGCCCACAAACGGAAACCACUACGACAGCAGCCCCAACUAAACUAUAAAGGAGGAGGAGGAACCAUACAUGGCAUGUAGCCAGUGGGGAAGUGUUUACUGCAUGCGCAUCAUACCCCACUAAGGGACGGACCACUGGGGUGGACGGAAAGGCUGAGUCCCAAAUGGCACCUUAUUCCCUAUAUAGCAUAGCCUAUAUGGCUCUGGUCAAAAGUACUGUACUAUGUAGGGAAAUAGGUUGCCAUUUGGGACGUAGGCAAACCUGUGAAUGUAACCCUGCUUUGUGCAUUCCUGACCUAUGACCUGGAGCCUAGCUGUCUGUCAGAGUUCCCUAUUGGACAUUGAGUCCCACCCAUGUUGCCUUGGCUGGACUGCUACUAUCACAGCUUCCUGUGUAUUAUCAUUACUAUCCCAACCAGACUAAUAUAAUGCAUCUGUAGCUGACUAUCUCGACAAGACUAAUAUAAUGCAUCUGUACCUGACUAUCUUGACAAGACUAAUAUAAUGCAUCUGUACCUGACUAUCUCGACAAGACUAAUAUAAUGCAUCUGUACCUAUCUCGACAAUACUAAUAUAAUGCAUCUGUACCUGACUAUCUUGACAAGACUAAUAUAAUGCAUCUGUACCUGACUAUCUUGACAAGACUAAUAUAAUGCAUCUGUACCUGACUAUCUCGACAAGACUAAUAUAAUGCAUCUGUACCUGACUAUCUCGACAAGACUAAUAUAAUGCAUCUGUACCUGACUAUCUCGACAAUACUAAUAUAAUGCAUCUGUACCUGACUAAUAUAAUGCAUCUGUACCUGAAGCAACAAAAUAGACAAACAAAAUACCUUACUUUUUAUCCAUCUGUAUGUAAAAAAAAAUCACUACAGACUUUAUUACAAUUGUGUUCAAACUAUGUACAAAUGUGUUGCACUUUUUGGAAGGAAAAAAGCCAUUUUAUGCUUAACAUGAACACCAAUAAAAAUAUUAAAAAACA